AAGAGGACGUGUGUGUUUUUGUUUUUAUUUACAAACAAAUUUCAAGCUGUGGCUUCGUCUAUGGCUGCUAUGGCGAAACACCAAAAGCAAUCACAUCACAAUAUGUCACCUUCUCUUUGCAAUUGCAAACAAGAAUUGCACAAUCUUUGCCUCUGUCUCUGCCUCUCUAAAAAGAAAAACGUACAUAAAUGACCAUCGACCAUUUCGCGGAGUGUGUCAUCACAUCAUCAAAUAAAUAGUUUAACGUAUAAACAAAUGAAAUAACAUAAAUAAUUGAAUUAAAUUCGUUUUUCUUGUUUGUUCUUUGUUUCGUAAAAAUUUCGGAUUCUUAAAAUAGAAAGAAACCACAGUUGUUUCUGUUUGUUUCGUCGGUGUCCCUGUCCACACGUACGACAUUUGUUCAUAAAUAGACAAUGGAAUCAUUUCUAAGCCUAUUCGAUCCCAACUCGCCCGAUGAUGGCUUCGACGAAGAGGACAUACGAAACGGCAACGGUCUCAAUCAAACAAAUUCCAGCAGCAGUGAGAGUGACACCGACAAUCACAAUGGCAAAAUCAUAAUCGAUUUUGAUCAGGGAAUUCUCCCGCCUGAACCUCAAUUGGGAAAUAUCGAAUACAAAUUAAAGCUGAUAAGUCCAUCAAAACAGCGUUUUGAGCAUUUGGUAACACAAAUGAAAUGGCGCCUACGGGAGGGCCACGGAGAAGCUAUCUACGAAAUUGGAGUUUCUGACUCGGGUCAUCUGCAUGGUCUGAAUGAAAAAGACAUGAAUGCAUCAUUGGCGACUCUCAAGCAAAUGGCCCAUAAACUUGGUGCAAGCACAACUGUUCUUAGGCGGAAAUUUGUCGCAGGCCGGCGAUCUGUUGCCGAAGUUCUAGUUCGGAAAAUCCCCGAUGACCAACAUAACAUUGAAGUUCGAGUAGCCGUCCUGGGAGAUGCCGAUGCUGGCAAAUCGACACUCUUGGGUGUUCUGACACAGGGGGAAUUCGAUAAUGGCCGAGGAAGAGCACGUCUAAAUAUGUUCCGACACAUGCAUGAAAUUCAGUCAGGUCGAACAUCCUGCAUAUCCCAUGAAACACUAGGUUUCGAUUCGCAAGGCAAUGUCAUCAACUACAAAUACAACGAGAUGAUGACGGCAGAGGAAAUCAGUGACCGAUCAACCAAGCUGGUGACUUUCAUGGAUUUGGCCGGCCAUCGACGGUACAUGAAGACAACUGUGCAAGCACUGUCGGGAUACUCGCCGCAUCACGCAAUGUUGGUCGUUUCGGCUGGAGGAGGAUUUAAUGGAACCAGCAAAGAGCAUCUAUCGAUUGUACGAGCUCUGGAUAUGCCUUUCUUCAUUGUUGUCACCAAAACCGACAUAACAUCGCCCGACGAGACUGUCCACGAAUUAAAGAACAUCCUAACGUCGAUUGGGUGUCGAAAAGUCCCUUUUUUGGUCACCAGCAGUGAUGAUGUCUUAACGGCGGGUUCAAAUCAAGAAUCAGAAAAUAUAGUGCCGAUAUUUUGUGUGUCCAAUGUUACAGGAGCUGGUCUCAAUUUGGUAACAAAGUUUUUAUAUGUACUCUCGCCGGGAAUUAGCAAUUCGGAAAAGGAGCGAUUAGAGCAGGACCCUUGUGAGUUUCAUAUUGAUGAAAUUUUCCGGGUAUCUGAGGUUGGACCGGUGGUGGGAGGACUACUGGUAAAGGGUGUGCUGACAGAGAAUAUGCAAAUGAAAAUAGGACCACUACCAGAUGGAAAAUUCCAUUCAGUGACGGUACAAACAAUACAUCGGAACAAGGCGCCCUGCAGAGUUGUACGAGCAGGACAAAGUGCUUCGCUUUCGUUCACACCCAACCAAAACUUGCCAGCCUUGAGGAGUGGAAUGGUACUGUUGGUCGAUAAUAAUCUCGGCGAUGAACCAUGCGGAACGUUCUUCUUUCAGGCUAAAGUAUCCGUACUUUUCCACGCAACUGCAAUUUAUGUGGGAUUCCAGACAACAGUGCACAUUGGCAGUAUCAGACAAACUGCCAUUAUCCGUGGCAUAAUGGGAGGCGAGAAAAUCGGGACAAACGACAACGCCUCGGUAAUGUUCCAAUUCGUUGGACAUCCCGAAUACGUUCGACCCGGAAUGAGAAUACUCUUUCGCGAAGGCACCAGCAAAGGCAUUGGAUUGGUGACACAAGUGUUUCCACUGAACAAAUAAAAAUGCUGCCAUUGAAUUAAAAAAAAAAAAAAACAUUUAACAGACAACAACAACAACAAAAUAUAAACUCCGAAUUAAUUAGUAUUUUUUUAAAUAAUUAUUAUUCUUAUAAAGAUAACGAUUCAUCAUUGAUUACUUAAAACUUAGUACUCGUAGCUAUGACUUGGAGAUUGUGGAAAAUAAUUCUUCUGUGAUUUAAAAAAAAGAUAUCAUUUUUUAUUUUUCAAUUGAAAUUUAAAAAAAAACAAAAACAAAUCUUUAAAUAAAAUUUUUGACUAAAACUUGUAAAGGCUAAACAGAAAUAGAAAUACAGAAAUUUUGACUUGUAUAGCUUUAAUUUAAGUUUACUUAAAAUGCUUGUUAAUAUAUUUUUUUUUGUUUUUUGCGUAGACGAAUAAUAAAAUUAUAAUCUAUCUAUAUUUAUGUAUAUUUACAACAAAAUGAAGAUAUUUAUUAUUACAAAGGAAAUAAAAUAAAGUUUAAGGUUUAUAAUUUUCAUUUUUUGGUAGGAAAAUAAUUAACGUCCAGUUUUACUAGAAUUGUUUUUUCCUUUUUCUUAAAUUUAAUAAACUUACACUUAGAAUUAAAAUUUAAAAAAACAAACUCGAAAUGAAAUUUAAUUAUAAAAAUUAAUUAAAAAACAUAAAAUAGUGUGUAAUAAAAGAAUUUAUAUACCUACUUUGAAUAGUAGAAAGAAACGCUAAUAGCAAAUGAAAAAUAUUGCCGUUGUUUCUCAAACAAAAGCCAUGUUUGAUAUUUUUUAGUUUGUGUUCAUUUGGAAUUAAGGGUCAAGCCCUGCCACAUUAUUACAAAAUAAAUUUAUCUAAAGACAGCAAUAAAA